CGGGGUUUGCGCGGCUGAGCAGAGCCUGCCUGGUUGCGUGGAGGGUUGUUUUAUUCCCACCGCCCCCCCACCUUUUUUUUUUUUUUCUUUUUUUUUUUCUGGAGUCUUAUUAAUUUCUCUGUGGGCUGCAGCUGGAGACCGCGGAGCGUUGGAAAUGACGCUCGGAGCUUUAAUUACCGCAGCCGCCGGACAAGUGUGAGGAAAGCUGACAGGAAAAAGAAGGACGGGAUCCGGGGAGAAGCGAGAAGCUCCCCCCGCCCCGCUCCCCUCCCGAUUUGGACUGGAGGUGCAAGGAAACUGAAGAAGGAGCAGAACAUAGCCCGGCUGCGGGGAGAGGCCGGAAACCUACCGCCUCUUUGCAAUCAACUUUUUUUGGAAACCUUUCGCCCCCCUUCCUUUUUUAUUGUUGACCAACCAGUGAGAGAGAGAGAGAAAGUGAGGAGGCAGCGAGCAAGCGAAGGCUCACGCGGGGAAAUAACUGCACAGUCCGGCCCGGAGCGCCACGCGCACACACCGAGCACACUCCAACACACGCACACUUGCCCCCUCUUCGGGCCCCGGCCCUGGACCCGCGGGCGCGGACUCGGUCGCCCGCCCUGGGAGUCGCUACACCGCGCGCGCCGCGCCCGCCCCCCUCGCGCCCCCACGCGCGCCCGGCUGGGGGAUCUCCUCCGCGUGCCCGAAAGGGGGAUAUGCCAUUUGGACAUGUAAUUGUCAGCACGGGAUCUGAGACUUCCAAAAAAUGAAGCCGGCGACAGGACUUUGGGUCUGGGUGAGCCUUCUCUUGGCGGCGGGGACCGUCCAGCCCAGCGAUUCUCAGUCAGUGUGUGCAGGAACGGAGAAUAAACUGAGCUCUCUCUCUGACCUGGAACAGCAGUACCGAGCCUUGCGCAAGUACUAUGAAAACUGUGAGGUUGUCAUGGGCAACCUGGAGAUAACCAGCAUUGAGCACAACCGAGACCUCUCCUUCCUGCGGUCUGUUCGAGAAGUCACAGGCUACGUGUUAGUGGCUCUUAAUCAGUUUCGUUACCUGCCUCUGGAGAAUUUACGCAUUAUUCGUGGAACGAAACUUUAUGAGGAUCGAUAUGCCUUGGCAAUAUUUUUAAACUACAGAAAAGAUGGAAACUUUGGACUUCAAGAACUUGGAUUAAAGAACUUGACAGAAAUCCUAAAUGGUGGAGUCUAUGUAGACCAGAACAAAUUCCUUUGUUAUGCGGACACCAUUCAUUGGCAAGAUAUUGUUCGGAACCCAUGGCCUUCCAACUUGACUCUUGUGUCAACAAAUGGUAGUUCAGGAUGUGGACGUUGCCAUAAGUCCUGUACUGGCCGUUGCUGGGGACCCACGGAAAAUCAUUGCCAGACUUUGACAAGGACGGUGUGUGCAGAACAAUGUGACGGCAGAUGCUACGGGCCUUACGUCAGUGACUGCUGCCAUCGAGAAUGUGCUGGAGGCUGCUCAGGACCUAAGGACACAGACUGCUUUGCCUGCAUGAAUUUCAAUGACAGUGGAGCAUGUGUUACUCAGUGUCCCCAAACCUUUGUCUACAAUCCAACCACUUUUCAACUGGAGCACAAUUUCAAUGCAAAGUACACAUAUGGAGCAUUCUGUGUCAAGAAAUGUCCACAUAACUUUGUGGUAGAUUCCAGUUCUUGUGUGCGUGCCUGCCCUAGUUCCAAGAUGGAAGUAGAAGAAAAUGGGAUUAAAAUGUGUAAACCUUGCACUGACAUUUGCCCAAAAGCUUGUGAUGGCAUUGGCACAGGAUCAUUGAUGUCAGCUCAGACUGUGGAUUCCAGUAACAUUGACAAAUUCAUAAACUGUACCAAGAUCAAUGGGAAUUUGAUCUUUCUAGUCACUGGUAUUCACGGGGACCCUUACAAUGCAAUUGAAGCCAUAGACCCAGAGAAACUGAAUGUCUUUCGGACAGUCAGAGAGAUAACAGGUUUCCUGAACAUACAGUCAUGGCCACCAAACAUGACUGAUUUCAGUGUUUUUUCUAACCUAGUGACCAUUGGUGGAAGAGUACUCUAUAGUGGCCUCUCCUUGCUUAUCCUCAAGCAACAGGGCAUCACCUCUCUACAGUUCCAGUCCCUGAAGGAAAUCAGUGCAGGAAACAUCUAUAUUACUGACAACAGCAACUUGUGUUAUUAUCAUACCAUUAACUGGACAACACUCUUCAGCACAAUCAACCAAAGAAUAGUAAUCCGGGACAAUAGAAAAGCUGAAAACUGUACUGCUGAAGGAAUGGUGUGCAACCAUCUGUGUUCCAGUGAUGGCUGUUGGGGACCUGGGCCAGACCAAUGUCUGUCGUGUCGCCGCUUCAGUAGAGGAAGGAUCUGCAUAGAGUCUUGUAAUCUCUAUGAUGGUGAAUUUCGGGAGUUUGAGAACGGCUCCAUCUGUGUGGAGUGUGACCCUCAGUGUGAGAAGAUGGAAGAUGGUCUCCUCACAUGCCAUGGACCGGGUCCUGACAACUGUACAAAGUGCUCUCAUUUUAAAGAUGGCCCAAACUGUGUGGAAAAAUGUCCAGAUGGCUUACAGGGGGCAAACAGUUUCAUUUUCAAAUAUGCUGAUCCAGAUCGGGAGUGCCAUCCAUGCCAUCCAAACUGCACCCAAGGGUGUAAUGGUCCCACUAGUCAUGACUGCAUUUACUACCCAUGGACGGGCCAUUCCACUUUACCACAACAUGCUAGAACUCCCCUGAUUGCGGCUGGAGUAAUUGGUGGGCUCUUCAUUCUGGUCAUUGUUGGUCUGACAUUUGCUGUUUAUGUUAGAAGGAAGAGCAUCAAAAAGAAAAGAGCCUUGAGAAGAUUCUUGGAAACAGAGUUGGUGGAACCUUUAACUCCCAGUGGCACAGCACCCAAUCAAGCUCAACUUCGUAUUUUGAAAGAAACUGAGUUGAAGAGGGUAAAAGUCCUUGGCUCGGGUGCUUUUGGAACGGUUUAUAAAGGCAUUUGGGUACCUGAAGGAGAAACUGUGAAGAUUCCUGUGGCUAUUAAGAUUCUUAACGAGACAACUGGUCCCAAGGCAAAUGUGGAGUUCAUGGAUGAAGCUCUGAUCAUGGCAAGUAUGGAUCAUCCACACCUAGUACGGUUGCUGGGUGUGUGUCUGAGCCCAACCAUCCAGCUGGUUACUCAACUUAUGCCCCAUGGUUGCCUGUUGGAGUAUGUCCACGAGCACAAGGAUAACAUUGGAUCGCAACUGCUGCUUAACUGGUGUGUCCAGAUAGCUAAGGGAAUGAUGUACCUGGAAGAAAGACGGCUCGUUCAUCGGGAUUUGGCGGCCCGUAAUGUCUUAGUGAAAUCUCCAAACCAUGUGAAAAUCACAGAUUUUGGACUAGCCAGACUCUUGGAAGGAGAUGAAAAAGAAUACAAUGCUGAUGGAGGAAAGAUGCCAAUUAAAUGGAUGGCUCUGGAGUGUAUACAUUACAGGAAAUUCACCCAUCAGAGUGACGUUUGGAGCUAUGGAGUUACUAUAUGGGAACUGAUGACCUUUGGAGGAAAACCCUAUGAUGGAAUUCCAACGCGAGAAAUCCCUGAUUUAUUGGAGAAAGGAGAACGUUUGCCUCAGCCUCCCAUCUGCACCAUUGACGUUUACAUGGUCAUGGUCAAAUGUUGGAUGAUUGAUGCUGACAGUAGACCUAAAUUUAAGGAACUGGCUGCUGAGUUUUCAAGGAUGGCUCGAGACCCUCAAAGAUACCUAGUUAUUCAGGGUGAUGAUCGUAUGAAGCUUCCCAGUCCAAAUGACAGCAAGUUCUUUCAGAAUCUCUUGGAUGAAGAGGAUUUGGAAGAUAUGAUGGAUGCUGAGGAGUACUUGGUUCCUCAGGCUUUCAACAUCCCACCUCCCAUCUAUACUUCCAGAGCAAGAAUUGACUCGAAUAGGAGUGAAAUUGGACACAGCCCUCCUCCUGCCUACACCCCCAUGUCAGGAAAUCAGUUUGUAUACCGAGAUGGAGGUUUUGCUGCAGAACAAGGAGUGUCUGUGCCCUACAGAGCCCCAACUAGCACAAUUCCAGAAGCUCCUGUUGCACAGGGUGCUACAGCUGAGAUUUUUGAUGACUCCUGCUGUAAUGGCACCCUACGCAAGCCAGUGGCACCCCAUGUCCAAGAGGACAGUAGCACCCAGAGGUACAGCGCUGACCCCACCGUGUUUGCCCCAGAACGGAGCCCACGAGGAGAGCUGGAUGAGGAAGGUUACAUGACUCCUAUGCGAGACAAACCCAAACAAGAAUACCUGAAUCCAGUGGAGGAGAACCCUUUUGUUUCUCGGAGAAAAAAUGGAGACCUUCAAGCAUUGGAUAAUCCCGAAUAUCACAGUGCAUCCAAUGGUCCACCCAAGGCCGAGGAUGAGUAUGUGAAUGAGCCGCUGUACCUCAACACCUUUGCCAACGCCUUGGGAAAAGCUGAGUACCUGAAGAACAAUGUACUGUCUGUGCCAGAGAAGGCCAAGAAAGCGUUUGACAACCCUGACUACUGGAACCACAGCCUGCCACCUCGGAGCACCCUUCAGCACCCAGACUACCUGCAGGAGUACAGCACAAAAUAUUUUUAUAAACAGAAUGGGCGGAUCCGGCCUAUUGUGGCAGAGAAUCCGGAAUACCUCUCUGAGUUCUCCCUAAAGCCAGGCACUGUGCUGCCGCCUCCACCUUACAGACACCGGAAUACUGUGGUGUAAGCUCAGUUGUGGUUUUUAGGUGGAGAGACACACCCGCUCCAAUUUCCCUACCCCCUGUCUUUCUCUGGUGGUCUUCCUUCUACCCCAAGGCCAGUAGUUUUGACACUUCCCAGUGGAAGAUAGAGAUGCCAUGAUAGUUAUGUGCUUAUCUAACUUGAACAUUAGAGGGAAAGACUGAAAGAGAAAGAUAGGCAGAACCACAAUGUUUCUUCAUUUCUCUGCAUGGGUUGGUUGGGAGAAUGAAACAGCUAGAGAAGGACCAGAAAAUGUAAGGCAAUACCGCCUGCUAUCAAACUAGCUGUCACUUUUUUUCUUUUUAUUUUUCCUUCUUUCUUUCUUUUUUUUUUUUUUUAAGCAGAUGGUUGGAACACCCAUGCUAUCUGUUCCUAUCUGCAGGAACUGAUGUGUGCAUAUUUAGCAUCCCUGGAAAUCAUAAUAAAGUUUCCAUUAGAAUAAAAGAAUAACAUUUUCUAUAACAAACAUAUGAUAGUGUUUGAAAUUGAGAAUCCAGUUUCUUUCCCCAGCAGUUUCUGUCCUGGAAAGUAAGAAUGGCCAACUCAAAUUUCAUAAUUUAAAAAUCUCCAUCAAAGUUAUAACUAGUAAUUAUGUUUCGAAGACUUUUUGGUUUUUUUCAUUUUGUUUUGCUCUGACCAAUUCCUUUAUAUUUGCUCCCCAAUUUUUGGCUUUAAUUUCUAAUUGCAAAGAUGUUUACAUCAAAGUUUCUUCACAGAAUUUAAGAAAUAUUUUAAUAUAGUGAAAUGGCCACUACUUUAAGUAUACAAUCUUUAAAAUAAGAAAGGGAGGCUAAUAUUUUUAUUUUAGCUCUCAUUUUUCAUGCUAUCAAAUUAUCUUCACCCUCAUCUUUUACAUUUUUCAACAUUUUUUUCCUCCAUAAAUGACACUACUUGAUAGGCCAUUGAUUGUCUGAAGAGUAGAAGGGAAACUAAGAGACAGUUCUGUGUGAUUCAAGAAAACUACUGAUACUUUCAGGGUUGGUCCAAUGAGGGAAUUUAUUGAACUGGAAGAAACACACUGGAUUGGGUAUGUCUACCUGGCAGAUACUCAGAAAUGUAGUUUGCACUUAAGCUGUAAUUUUAUUUGUUCUUUUUCUGAACUCCAUUUUGGAUUUUGAAUCAAGCAAUAUGGAAGCAACCAGCAAAUUAACUAAUUUAAGUACAUUUUUUUAAAAAAGAGCUAAGAUAAAGACUGUGGAAACGCCAAACCAAGCAAAUUAGGAACCUUGCAAUGGUAUCCAGGGACUAUGAUGAGAGGCCAGCACAUUAUCUUCAUAUAUCACCUUUGCUACGCAAGGAAAUUUGUUCAGUUCGUAUACUUCAUAAGAAGGAAUGCGAGUAAGGAUUGGCUUGAAUUCCAUGGAAUUUCUAGUAUGAGACUCUAUUUAUAUGAAGUAGAAGGUAACUCUUUGCACAAAAAUUGGUAUAAUAAAAAGAAAAACACAAACAUUCAAAGCUUAUGGAUAGGUCCUUGGGUCAAAAGUUGUAAAUAAAUGUGAAAAAUCUUCUCAUGCAAUUAUUUUAUUAUCCAACACACUAAUCUUUUGAUACUUGAUAUAAUUCCUUUUCUUCAUAUACUGCAUCCAGUACUAGAACCAUCAUUAUUAUGUAUCAUUUUGAAAGAAUACCUGAUGAGAUGAAGGAUGGGAACAAAUGACAGAGAUGAGUCUCCAAGUAAAGGGGGCCUCACAUCAAUAAUUAGGAAACUUAGAUAUAAGUCCCCCUUUUUUGAAAAUUCUACCCCAAGUCAUUUAGAUUUUUAAAAAAUACAUCUUUCUAAUGUUAAAAUUUUGGGACCAAAUUAGAGUCAAUAGUAUAAGAUUACUUAAUUAGAAUAAAAAUAUCUAUUAAGGCAGAGAAAGUUUAGAGAAAGAAAAAAAAUCCAAAGAAAUUUGUUUCUUCCUAUUCUGAACAAGUAAAUCCGUCCAUCUAUCCAAAUCUCCUUUAUCUAACUGUGUCUACUAAAAGCACUGUAUUUUGUGGGGAACACUCAGAUAAAUGGAAUAUCAUCCCCAACUUCAAAAUUCUAUCAUCUAGGAGAUUUAAUUAAAAUGACAUUUUAAUUUUUCUAUGAGUUCAAAGAAUCAGAUUGCAUAGUCUCUUGUGAAGAGCUGUCAUAUAAUCAGUUGUACAGUAACAUAUCUCCUUUGAACUCAUUUGGGAUAUAAGUUACACAUCCUUCACAUUGUUGAUGUUGACAAAUAGGAUAAUUUCAGUAAUAUUAUUCAAACAUAAACUAGUCUAGAAGAAUAUUGCAUCACUGGCUAAUUAACCUAUCUAGAUUCUAACUUCACCAUUAAACCAAAAGCAGAUGGUGGUCCUUGGCCAAGAAUGAUGAAGACAUUGUGAUUGGUUUUCUUCUAAGCUAUAAGAAGUGAGGCAAGCUGAAAAAGUACAGUAGAGCAGGGGAAGGAUUUGUGAGAUUCCUUCUAGGGAAGCUCACCCUCAAACUUCUUUUCAGGGUUAAAAACACAGAGUGAUUCAGGGGCCAUAAUCUAACAACUCAGAGCUCUCCUAUCCAUUCAGAGAAGUCUCUAGGAAAAGGAAUCUCAUAUCAGUACUUAUGAAAAAUGGAAUAUAAGCCUCCCUUUCUAAAUAAAUCUGCACCGAGUCAUCACAGCCCUCUUUUUGGAUACUAUACCUUUUUUUUUUCUAAUUUACGCUAUGCAUAUGGUUUCUACUAGGAUAUAGAAAGCAGAAUCACUCAUUUUGGAGAAGGAAAAAAAUAAAUAGUUAAAACAGACUUUUAACUGUUAAGGUAACAGAAAUAUAUUUAGUGAAUGUAGUCUCUUUCCUCCUAAGAACACAAGACUUUUACAUGUCGGGUAAUACCUAGAGACGGAGGUAGGCAUAAUCCAAAAUGACCCAAAUGCUUUAUAAUAGCACCACUUUAUAAUUCUUUUGAAUGAUUUCUGUAGUAUAUAAUUGACUUCAGUUGUUUGAGUGUUUUUUGUUUUAUUUUUGUCCCCCCUGGGAAAACAUAUUUCAGCAUGUAUAAGAGGGAGAAAAAAAGUUUCAUUCGUUCCAGACAGUAACUUAUUUAGCCCAGUAGGGGAGAAUUUUAAAAUGUCAGUUAAAGUCUUCAAGGUGCUUUGGGGGAUAUCAGAUUCCAGAGGCCAAUUGUAGCAACUGAAAUUUGCAGAAUCAAUAUGUAAAUUUGAAACAAAUUAGUAUUAAAAUUACACUGACUAUAUUUUUUAAAUCACCCAACUUUGUAGAUUAUACCUAUUUUGGGCAAUCCUAUUUUCAGGCAUGGAAAAACUUUGCAGUUAAAUGAUUGCCUAAAGAAAGUGGUACUGAAGCAGGUGAGGAAAGAUGGCCUCCGAUCUAGGGUAGAUCCAGAACCACAAAGCAUCUGCAUCACAAAAGUUGUUAGACUACCAAGCAACUCUUGGUUUUCUGCACAAUAUUAGUAGCACAGCUUAGGAUGAGAAUCUUUUCUCCAGUAACAUUCUUAAACUAGCAUGAAAAACGAUGCAAAACUCAAAUUUCUAUUAAAACACACAAACUAAAAUCAAGUGAUUCUUUUUUGUAGAUUAGGGAGAAGGACUGAAUAUCUAACUUAAGAGAAGAAAUAGUGUUCUUCUAAAUGCUAUAGUGUGUGAGCUAAUACCUUCUAAAAGAAAGACAUGGCAUGAAGAUUGUGCAUAUUUACAAUGCUAAGGAAAAAUCAAGAAAAGAACUGUGAGGCUCUGCUGCUAGAUGAAGUUGGAAGGACUAUUAAUGUGCUUCUUGAAGUAUCAAAAAUGAAAAGAAAAUUAAAAUUGUUUAAGCCUGACAGGGAAGGAUGUAAAUACAAGUUUUUCUAAAGCUGUCUAACCUUUAUUUCAAAACUGGAAUUAUUCAUCCAUCUGUAAUUGUUGAUAAUUUAACUAGUAUAUGUAGUUCAUAAGGUAAUAGAAAAGGUGAUCAUGAAAGCAUGUAUAUAACUGGACAGAACACGAUAAUGCUAUAAGAUGUAGAUUUAGUUAGGUUAUCAGAUGUUAAAUGAUUUUAAUAUUAUUAAAUAAAUCAAACUAGAAAACUAACCACAAGUAUAAUAUAGCAAAGUUAAAUGCAGGAUAUUAAAAUGUAGGAUGGAUUUUGCAUAGUAAAAAAAUAAGUUUGCCAUUUAAAAUUGUCGUUUGUUGGGUUUAGCUGAAAGUAGGCAUAUAUGGUUCCACUUGUGAAAACUUGCUUUAAAGCAUUACAAUGAACAAUUUUUUCUCAUUCUCUUAUUCCUUUAUCACUUUUUAAAUGUAAAGAAAAUUUUAUUUAUUUAUUUUUUUAAAUAAACACCACCUUGCAGAAUUUAA